UCAGUCAAAUCAGAUCAACUUCAACUCGAAAUGUAGACGCUCUCUGUGUGAAUUCUUUUUUUCUUUUUCUUGCUUUUUCCUAUAACAAAAAAAAAAAAAGAAAACUAUGAAUAAAUCGCAUAAAACUGAUUCCAACUAUAUAAUUCGUGUUGAAGGUAAAAAUGCCUUCCGCCGAGGCGAUACGUUCGAUACUUUCGAACAAGUAGCCGAACGUCUACGAGCCCACACUCAAGAAUCUCUUGUCUACUAUUGGACAAGAGAUAGUCGUUUAGUCAAGUUUGCUCAUCGCAAAGUAUCACGAAAACUAAACGAAGCUAUACAAUAUUAUAGCAUAAGAUUCUCUUGUAUUUUUGGUGGUCAACGUUUCAAGUCGAAAGCCAAUGGUUUACGUCCUUGUAAAAGACAAACUCGACAAAUUGAUUGUCCAGCUUUUAUUUCAUUGCGGGCAACCAAAUGUGGUCGUAAAUUGGAAGUCAUUGAUGUCUGCAAUGAUCAUACUCAUGAAAUUACCGAACAAGCUGUCAAGGAGUUGCCACAGAAACGAAGACCAUCGCAGAAAUUAUUGGAAGAGAUUUACGAACUCCUUCAUUUGAACAUUGACAAAAAGACGAUAAUCGACUAUGUGAAGCAAAAAGAAAACAAAAAUAUCUUGAAAAAGGAUCUCUUCAAUAUGACAACUCAUUUGGGAUUGUCAAGGACGCGAAGUGAAGAGGAACAAAAAUCAAUUCUCCAAAGAAUUCAUCAGACUGCAACCCAAGAUGUAAUCCAACACGCUGUCAUCAAUAGAUUCUUCCAAUUUGAAUCAACUUAUUCCCUCAACACAGAGACGUUUCAAGAAGAUCUUAAACCAGAAGUUGAGAGUCUUGAUAUUUUCGAGACUAGAACUUCCUCGUCAGCAAUUGAAUUUCCAUCUCUGACUCCUCAAGUUGAUUUACUCAACUCUACCAACCACGCAAAUCAAGAAUAUGAUGAACUUUUAAGUAAUCGUAUAAUUGUCGAUUACGAAGAAGAAUCUGAAGCUCUCGAAGAGAAUACCAAACUCGAACAAGACACUGAAGCUCCUCCUAUUGCCGACAAUACUUGGAGUGAAGUUGGCGAAAACAGACCAACAAUUAUUUAUGAGGAUCUCAUUUGUGGAGAUGAGAGUGGUUAUGUUUAUGAUGAACUUAAUCUUACCAAAGAAAUUUCAGACGUUCAUGUAGAGGAACCUAAUAUUAAGGUGCCUAAUUCACCUCAUUCUACACAUGAUCUCGAUGAUAAGGAGGAAUUUUUUAAUGACUUUAUAAUGAUGAGUCCAGUUGGUGUUAUGUGUCCAACUGAAAUCACUUUGCAAGAUAGAAAUGACCAUUCUGAAGAACCAAAUUUGACUGAAGAUGAAAAAGAACAAGAUGAAGAAGAGGCUCCAAUGGAAUUACAAAACUUCCUUCCAACUAAUCAGAAUGUUAGAAAGAACUCUUUAUCUAAAUAUGCUUCUUUGAAAACACGACGAAGAAUUAUGAAAUGUCGUAGUUGUGGAACAAAUGCACGAUUAAUCAAAAUGCAAAUGUCUUAUCUCAGACAACAGAGAUUAAAACUGUAUGAAGAAACUCAAGUUUUAAGACUUAAAAAACUGAAACUUAAAGCAGAAAUUGAUGCUAUCAAUAGUGGUUUAAUGUGAUUUAACAUAAUAUAUGGAGUAGAUUAGAGUAGUAUUUAGUAUACUUAUUGAGAUUAAAAAUGCUUGUGAUAGAACUUUUUUUUUGUUAUACAGUAGAGCUACAUUUUAAAUUAGUUGAUUAGUAUAAUAUUAUUGAUUAAAUAAACAUAUUAUUAAUAAACAUAAAAAUA